AUUUUACACCGAAACAAAUGGAGCUGUAGUUUCAUUGAGAUCCAAGACCAAUAGCAGAGGUGCGCACAGAGAUAGAGGCAGCAGAGACGGAGGCAGUUGCUACUAUGUUUAUCUAUUGGUAGGGGCUGGCUCGCAAAAGAAAGGUUUCUCUGUCUGGUCGGGGCAGGCGCUGUCUGGGUAGCUUACGGAGCAACCAAAGGGGGUUUUUUGUUUCGGGAGCCCUCUUCCGAUGGUAUGGUAGCUGUUCUAUCGAUAGCUCUCGCCAAUCGUGUCAGUGAGCAGGUGGUAGGUUUACGGGGAGGGGGGAGGCUCUGGCUGACCUUCUUCUUUGAAGAACCUAGCCAAGAUUUUCUCUUAUGUUAAAAGGCCCACUCUAUUUCGAACUUUCUAUUUCGAAUCUUUGAAGGGAAAAGGCUAGAUUUCUCUUUGCAAAGGCUUGCUCUCUUCUUUCUAAACUCCUGGUCCCCUUCGCUCGCUCAUAAGAGUGAACUCUGACUUUGCGCUACCCCCAGAUCUCCGAGGAGGUAGAAGAAAUCCCUAAAAUGUUAUUCGUCGUUUCUCUUGUACGCAAUAGCCACAAUGCAGUACAUCACUUUGAGAUCGGGAGAGUUGCUCUCGUUAACUACGGGAAGGAUUACGGGAAGCUCGCUAUGAUAGUCGACUUUAUCGAUUGGUUUAUAAACGACAUAGAGGAUGUGUGCACAAUGGGAUCCGCGAUUUACCAGGGGAUGAUUAUAAG